AUCACCACCCCCUCCAUGUCCGUGGCGGAGGACUACUAUAAAAACAAAUCAGCCCAAGUUUUAAAGGGCAGAGUUGUAAAAACUCCCAGGCUGUGGGGAGUUGGCUUGUUAGCCUGCGAAUCGGAAUUUAAAAACACCCAAGAGAAACAGAACCGCCUGGAGCUUUAUAAACGCAAUUUUUAACUUCUUCUAAGAAGCUUUUCGAGAGGCCGUGUUGGCUUAACGCUUGCUGGGACUGACUUUGGCUCGAGAAAGAAGGAUCUUCUGUGAAUUUCCAUGUAAGUCAACAUAAAUAUCGGUAUAAAAUUAUUAUUUUUUCGAUGAAAUUGAUCCGUCAAAGCCUAAAGAUUGUUAUACCGAGGUUUAAAAUCGACACUGAGUGUUGGUGUUUUGGAAAAUCUCCGACUGUAGCCACCUAGCUGAUUAAAAUGCUAUGUAACUUAGCCUCCCGUCGAUGAACUCGGUCCAGAUUAAAGUGAAUAUCAUGUUAUCACCGCUGUUAGCAGGGACGCUUGUUACCAUUGGCUGUCAGGGGACAUUUAUCUUCCUCCUGCUGUACACAGUGUCACAGCGAGGAAACGCUGAUUACCAGCUGGACGAAGCUAAACAUUAACAGGAUCUGGCGUCUAGAUAGCUAGCCUGCUACAUGUGUGUUCACACCCUUCAUUAAGUUGGCCAGGCUUCUGCUGGUGGAGAGCUGUAAUAUGUGAUAGGAAAGCAGGUCGUUAUUUUGCAUUUAUUGACGCUGUCGUUACGCCACUGAGUGAGUGUGUGUGUACUCUGGCUUUAUGGUCGUGGUUAGACUUUGAAUGUGGAUUAUGUAACAGCCAUUCUCGACGCAGGCUUGUACGUGCUCCUCUAUCUGUAUGUACUGUAGCUUGGUCUGAGUGAAGGUUAGCAGCACAUCAGUCUUCCACCUCCACGCACGAGACAGGAUACCUGCCUGGACACGUCCCCGUGCCAAAUGGAGCCAAAUCGAAAACCCAACUGACUAUUGACACCUGCUGUCACAUCCACCGCCCUCCGUAGAGGUCAACCUCGCUGGCGUAUUUAGUCAGAGCGGACCGCUGGGGAGCACUCACUGCUGACACCGUCUCUGAGUCAGUGGCCUCUGUUUAUUUAUAGCUGUUGAUAUUGUGCAGCUGAGAGGGAGCAGAGCUGGGCUCAGGGGGGAGUGAACGGGGCAGACUCGGUGUUAGAAGCUCAUUCAGAUGAGGUUUCAGUACGGUGGGGAUUAGGGGCACAUUCAGAACGAAAACGAAUCCGAAUUUCUAGGAUAAAAUAACACAAAUAGUGUCAUAGUAUUAUAAUGUUAAGGUCUUAAUACCAAGAGAAUAUUGUCAGAGUGUCACGUGAAUUAGGCCGAGGUAUUUUAUGACAGUAACGCCAUCUUACCACGAGAAAAGUUUUAUUAUUUCAAGAUUCAAAUAUUCAAGCAGUAAAUAUACUAAAAUAAAGUAAAAGUUGUUAAAAGAAUCAAGUUUGAAUACAAGGAAUGAGAAUGAAGUCAUAUGACUGAGUGUUCACUCAUUCCUUAAAGCUACACCAGGCUAGAUUUUGUUAUGCACCAUCUUCCUCCUCACUGAAGCAGGCUCCUGGCUGCUCACCAGGUACCCCCCCCCCCCCCCCCAAACAACAAGCUGAAUAUUUACUAAAAUAACACAUUGUUUCUUAACAUUACUGAUGUUGCAGCUUUAGCAACCUCAUAAUAUAGCUCAAGACUUUACGUUCUUACAAAUGUAUUCUUGUACCAUUUAAGAUACAAUUCUCCUGAAAUAUUAGUCAAACUUUUUUCAUAAUGCUAUGGCUUUAUUUUUUACGACUAUCUUUUUAAACUGACACUUUUAUUUUGGUAAUUUCAGACUAUAUUUCCAUAUGACUUUACAAAAAAACACUAAUAUUUUCUGUAAUGCCACAACUUAUUUUUCUAAAUCUUUAUUUUAGUUAUGCUACAGCUCUUGCAAAUAUGUAACUCAUAUCUCUUAAAACAACUUCUUGCAGUACUACCCCUGUAGUUUUGCAACAUAAUGGCUACAUUUGCAUUAUUAUACAACUUUAAAUUGUUAAAUGAGUUUGUUCUGGCAAUACUGUGACUAUCAACUUUUUUUUAUUGUUGUUCUUUUUCUUUUGAAUUUUAUUACUUUCCUUCUCAUAAUAAUGAUGCAACUUUGUUCUAGUAAUACUUCAAAGUUAUUCUAAUAAUAUUAUUACUUCAGUCUAACAGAACUAUACAUUUAUUUCCUUAUGCCUUAAUUCUUAUAAUACCAAGUUUUUAUAUUAUGUGGCAGUACUCCUUUUCCCUGAUAGUGUGGAAUGUAAAACAUAAUGUUCUGCUUCAUACACAAUUUGAUCAAAUAUACUAAGAGUUCUUUUUCGUUUUGUUGUUGUUGUUUCAGGAUCCUGAACCCAACACUACUGCAGGAAGGAUAUUCAUUUUGGACAGAAGCUCUCGGUCAGUCUUUCCUUCAGCCGAUCACUGCUGCCUUGGAGGUUUUUGCAACACUCAGAAAAAGCAACCCUGUGACAGAUAAAGAAACCCCCUCACCACUGAAGCAGCUAUGCAGCUUGAAAUUCAAGUAGCACUCAAUUUUAUUAUUUCCUAUUUAUACAACAAACUCCCUCGACGACGUGUGAAUAUCUUUGGUGAAGAGCUCGAGAGGCAGCUCAAGAAGAAGUAUGAAGGCCACUGGUAUCCGGACAAGCCAUACAAAGGGUCAGGGUUCAGGUGCAUCCAUGUAGGGGAGAAGGUGGACCCUGUGGUGGAGCAGGCAGCCAAAGAGAGUGGGCUGGACAUCGAAGAUGUCCGGAAUAACCUCCCUCAGGACCUUAGCGUGUGGAUCGACCCAUUUGAGGUGUCCUACCAGAUUGGGGAGAAGGGACCAGUUAAGGUGCUAUAUGUGGAUGAUAACAAUGAGAACGGCUCAGAGCUGGACAAAGAGAUCAAGAACAGCUUUAACCCUGAGGCGCAGGUCUUCAUGCCAAUCAGCGACCCUGUCGGGGCUUCCUCAGAGUCCAGCUCCCCCUCCCCUCCUUUCGGGCAGUCUGCUGCUGUGAGCCCCUCCUUCAUGCCACGCUCCACCCAGCCCUUAACCUUCACCACUGCCACCUUUGCUGCCACCAAAUUUGGCUCCACUAAGAUGAAGAGCAGCGGCCGGGGCAACAAUGCCAACAGCAGCAGUAGCAGUAAGGUGGCUCGCACCUCCCCCACCAACAACCUGGGUCUGAAUGUCAACACCCUGCUGAAGCAGAAAGCCAUCUCCACCUCCAUGCACUCACUGUAUGGGCUGGGCCUGGGUCAGCAACAGCAGAAGGCCUCUGCUCUCUCCCCCAACGCCAAGGAGUUUGUGUUCCCCAGCCUGCAGGGCCAGGCCAGCCCUGGAGCCGUGUUCCCCGGGGAGGGCUCCUUGGGACUGGGCCCCCUGCAGUACAACAAUGCCUUUGACAUGUUCGCGGCCUACGGAAGCCUCAAUGACAAGUCCCUUAUGGAUGGCCUCAACUUCAGUCUGAGCAACAUGCAGUAUUCUAACCAGCAAUUCCAGCCAGUCAUGGCUAACUAAACUCGUCAUCCAGAUGUUAUUUAUGAAUGAUGGUGGCUCAAAGAGAAGGAAAAACAAAACGCACACUUAGAAAAAACUGGACUUUCAAGGAUCUAGUCUAGUCAGUUAAGCGCAUGUGCCCAAGGGUGUUUUUACUGUGCCCCCUUGAGUUGUUUCUACUAAAAGCUUGUUGUACAAACACAUCCAAGCUUGGUUACUUCAAGUCAACAUGCAUCCUUGUUUUUCUUUUUCCUUUUUGCCAACCAAGCACAAAAUUUUUUACCAUGUUGAGAAAAUUCUCCAAAAACUUAAGAAAAAAAAAAAAAAAAAGAAAAAAAAUUCAAGCUUCAAGUUUGGCCUCUUACAGUAUUUUACAGGUGGUAAGACAAGGCUGAUUUUUAUGAAUUGGCACUACUAAGUGGGGUUACUUGGUCUUUUUCUAAUUGUAUAAUUUAAUUUAGUACAGAGUUUGUAAGAUAUCAGAGUAUAUAUUGUUUCUAUGACAUGGUGUUGCAUUUAUAUCUUUUUACUACUCCAGUGAUCUGUGAUGGCUGCAGCAGCUUUUCCUUAUUUUUCUUUUUUUAAAGAUAAUUGUUAAAGAAAUCCAUCUUUAAAAAAUACAUCAAAUAUUCUGAAGAUUGUGUACAGAGUAUUCCUUAGUGGUGGAAUUCAAGUGUAGGAAUAUUUGCUUUUUUUCUGAAAGAUGAAUUGUAUUUUCUGUUAAGAGGUUAAAAAGAUUUUUGCUAUACUAUGGACAAAAUGUAAUCGUAUGAAUAUUAAUUUUGUACCUACAUUGUGCAAUACUUGAUAAAAAAUACGGUAUAACAAAGUAUUUUGAGUCAGUGUCUUACAUGUCAAGAGGGACUGAAAUAGUUUAUAUUGUUAAGUUUGUAUUAAAUGCUUAAAAAUUAUAUGCUUGUCUUUAUUUUUUUUAAUUUCAUAUUUGCACCCUGGUCUUUUUAAUAAAAUAAAUUACAGUUGAACAUGAUCUGUG